AUAUUUUUGGAUUGAGAGUUUUUGGUAAAUGUUGUGCAAAUGCUGAAGCUGAAUGAUGCGGCUUUUGAUCUUUCAAGUGGGCCAGUGAUUGAUGAGUGUGGGCAAGAGCUGGGAGAGACUUUGUUAAAUCUAUCUCGAGCAUGGGAACAAGCUGAUACAUCAAGUUCCAGUACUUUAGUGAGCAAGCUCCCUUCAUUAGAAGGCUCUUUGACCGAUAAUGCCAAGACAGCAUUUGGCAAGCGAUUGGUAUCUGCUGGAAGAAGAUUUCAAUCCAUGGGGCAGUAUGGUCAAGGUGAACUACAAAGGAUUGCAAAAGCAAUGACUACGACUGGGAAGCUCCUGUGUGCAAGUUCAGUGUCUGCAGAGACCAAUGUACAACCAAAAGAAGAAACUAGGAUGCUGAAGUUUGGAGAACUUCAGGUUGCUUUAACAUCUGAUAAAGCCAACAUUGGGGCUGCAAUUGGUUUUGUUUUUGGGAUACUCUCAUGGCAACUAAGUCAGGGCGUCCAAAGCAUACCUGAGAGCUCAUUGCAGUAUGCAAAUGAUAAUGCUUUGCUUCUGGCUAAGUCUCUAAGGGGAGCUCUACUUGCAAUUUGCUACUCAUCAACAGCCUUGUCUGCCUUAGCUACUGUGGGGCUUAUUUUGCUUGCAAGAGAGCUCAAGUCAGGGGAAAAAUGAGCAUUUCACUGCUACUGUCUUGCUUUGUUGAAAAAACCGAUUCAGAGAAUGGACGGGUGGCUCCAAGUGACUGCAGCUUCAUCGAGAGAUCGUGUUGUGUUAGCUUGUUAUUGACCCCUGGAUUAUAAUUAGUAGAGGGUUACAUCUUUUCAUUUUCAAUGUAUAUAAAGAACUCAUGCUUGAAGCUCAAUACGUAAUGCUUGUAAUUUACAAAGAAUGCUCUUGCAAGUACUCUUACUGGCAUGAGUGUGGUUGUGUCUUAACUUGAUCCAUUCAAAUCUAGCUUGGGAAAAGUAUGAUGUUUGGAUUGAGAAAUCUUAAUCCAAACAACUAAAAGUUAAAGACUUGAGUUUAUAUUUGUUACAUAAGGUUAUAAUUUGAUCA